UAUCUAUGAAUUUAUAUGCGUAUCACUGUGAACCAAGAGAAGCAAGAGGAAAUUUCUACCAUCGGGGCUGGUCUCUGAUUGUGUGGUCGUAUACAAUAUUUUGAAUAUUUCCUUUGAUCUUCUACGUCAAGAGGACAAAGACUACGUGCCCAUUUUGUAUUUUUGUUUUCCUGUUGCUGCUUACCGUCCCUCUUGAUCUUUUUUUUUCUACAUCCGAGAGGAAUAAAGAGGAGAGUGACAGGAUUUGACGAAAAGGGAAAAUCUGUAGAAAUUCCUGUGAUUAGUAUUAUUUCUGUCGGCAUUAGCGCUCUGUGAGCCGAUCACAGCGUGCUGUGUGAGAUCUGAGGAGGCAGCAGAGACAGAGUGCCACGCCGCUCAGCGUCAGCCCAGCCAGCGCAGCCAGCAUGCACAAACACCACCACUGCUGCAAGUGUCCCGAAUGUUAUGAGGUGACCCGUAUGGCUGCCCUGCGUAGGAUGGACGCCCCGUCGUAUGGAGGAGAGUGGCAGGCCGAGCCCUAUGGAUACCCACCUGGGUACGGAGGAGGCCAGACCUUACCCCCUCCGGCCUCAGGGGGAGGUGGAAGCAUGGGAGGAGGAUCGGGCACUUUGGGGAGAAGUAAGGGCAAGAUUAUGUCUGGUGGGGGCCCUGGAGGCCCCAACCCAAAGGGCCAAUCCAAGUGUGGCGCCAAAGUAAACGGCAACCACCCCAGUGGACAAGCAGGAUGGUGGCCCGAGUGCACCUGUACCAACCGGGAGUGGUAUGACCAGGCCAACCCUCCCCCCAUCAUCGUCAACGCAGACUCACUAGAUGCAGGCCCUUAUGUAAAUGGCAGUGAUGGGAUGUACAAAUACGAAGAGAUCAUUUUAGAGCGGGGGAACUCUGGCCUGGGCUUCAGCAUUGCUGGAGGAAUAGACAAUCCCCACAUUCCUGAUGAUCCGGGGAUCUUCAUCACUAAGAUUAUCCCUGGAGGAGCAGCUGCUAUGGAUGGAAGGCUGGGGGUGAAUGACUGCGUGCUGCGUGUGAACGACGUGGACGUGUCCGAGGUGGUUCACAGUCGGGCAGUGGAGGCCUUGAAGGAGGCGGGGCCAGUGGUGAGGCUGCUGGUCCGACGGAGGCAGGCUCCACCCGAAACGAUCCUGGAGGUCAACCUGCUGAAAGGGCCCAAAGGGCUUGGAUUCAGCAUCGCUGGAGGGAUUGGAAACCAACAUAUCCCGGGAGACAACAGCAUCUAUAUUACCAAGAUCAUAGAAGGAGGAGCUGCCCAAAAAGAUGGACGACUGCAGACUGGAGACCGCCUGCUAGCUGUGAACAACAUUGUGCUACAAGACGUGCGUCAUGAGGAGGCCGUGGCUGCGCUGAAGAACACCUCCGACAUGGUUUACCUCAAGGUGGCUAAGCCGGGACCUGUGCACCUCAACGACAUGUACGCCCCCCCAGACUACUCAAGCAGCAUGGCCCUCCCUCCAGCCUUCCCCACCAUGGUAGACAACCACGUCGGCCACAACUACAUGGGGGCCAUGGAGCCCAAGCCAGUGUACCCGCCGCCCCAGGUCACCCCGUCCAGGUACUCGCCUGUUCCCCGCCACAUGCUGGGGGAGGAAGACUUCACAAGGGAGCCGAGGAAGGUGUUGCUGCACAAAGGCUCCACAGGGCUAGGCUUCAACAUCGUUGGCGGGGAGGACGGUGAAGGCAUCUUUGUGUCCUUCAUCCUGGCUGGAGGGCCGGCUGACCUGAGCGGCGAGCUGAGGAGGGGCGACCGGAUUCUCUCGGUGAAUGGAGUGAACCUAAGGAAUGCCACACAUGAGCAGGCGGCCGCAGCGCUGAAGAGAGCUGGACAGACUGUCACCAUCAUAGCUCAGUACAGGCCUGAAGAGUACAGUCGCUUUGAGUCCAAGAUCCACGACCUGAGGGAGCAGAUGAUGAACAGCAGCAUGAGCUCAGGGUCAGGAUCCCUGCGCACCAGUGAGAAACGCUCCCUCUAUGUCAGAGCUUUGUUUGACUAUGAUCGAACGAGGGACAGCUGCCUGCCCAGCCAAGGCCUGAGCUUCUCUUACGGAGACAUCCUGCACGUCAUAAACGCCUCUGAUGACGAGUGGUGGCAGGCGAGGCUCGUCACCCCGCAUGGAGAGAGCGAGCAGAUCGGGGUCAUCCCCAGCAAGAAAAGAGUUGAGAAGAAGGAGCGGGCCAGGUUAAAAACGGUCAAGUUCCACGCCAGGACAGGCAUGAUUGAGUCCAACAGGCCAGUCAAAGUAAAGCGCAAAAAAAGCUUCAACCUGACACGCAAGUUCCCGUUUUACAAGAGCAAGGAGAAUAUUGUGCAGGAGUUGGUGGAGUCUGAACAAUGCCUGACAUCCAACACAAGUGACAGUGAAAGCAGUUCGAAGGGACAGGAGGACACGAUUCUCUCCUACGAGCCGGUCAUUCGACAGGAAAUCCACUACACGAGGCCUGUCAUCAUCCUGGGCCCGAUGAAGGACAGAGUAAAUGAUGACCUCAUCUCUGAGUUCCCCCACAAGUUUGGCUCCUGCGUACCUCAUACGACUCGUCCGAGGCGAGAGAACGAGAUGGACGGACAGGACUACCACUUUGUGGGCUCGCGGGAGCAAAUGGAGAAAGACAUUCAGGAUAAUAAAUUCAUCGAGGCCGGCCAGUUCAACGAGAACCUGUACGGGACGAGCAUACUCUCGGUCCGGACUGUGGCUGAGCGGCAGGGGAAGCACUGCAUCCUGGAUGUGUCCGGGAACGCCAUCAAACGACUGCAGCAAGCACAACUUUAUCCGAUCGCCAUCUUUAUUAAACCAAAAUCCAUUGAAGCCCUAAUGGAGAUGAAUAAGAGGCAGACGUACGAGCAGGCCAAUAAAGUCUUUGACAAGGCGGUGAAGCUGGAGCAAGACUUUGGAGAGUUUUUCACAGCUAUCGUACAGGGUGACUCACUAGAGGAGAUCUACAACAAAAUCAAGCUAAUCAUCGAGGAGCAGUCUGGGCCCUACAUCUGGAUCCCCUCCUCAGAGAAGCUCUGAGCUCCCUGCCCCCCCCUCCUCUCUGCGGCGCUGCAGAGCUCCCCUCCUGCCUCCAAGAGACCCC